ACACAUGCACAGAGUGUUGGUGACCAUAGAGGAACAUGUCUGAUUCCAAGUGUGAGCUAUUUACUGUGGCCUGCGCAGAGACUGUCCAGAGUCAGAAAGAGCAGGCCGCCCCCAUGAGUUUCUUCGAACGCUAUGUACAGCCCUGCCUGGCCGAGCUCAUCGGCUCCACUCUCUUCAUAUUUGUAGGCUGCAUCUCAGUCAUCGGCAACGUGGGAAUCACAGGGAGCAUUCAGCCUGCGCUGGCACAUGGACUGGCCCUGGCUAUCGCUAUCGCACUGUUUGGAGAGAUCAGUGGGGGACACUUUAAUCCAGCCGUGACGGUGUGCGUGUACCUUGUGGGAGGAAUGGAGCUCGUCCUUCUUGUUCCAUACAUACUUGCUCAAAUGUUUGGUGGAAUGAUUGCAGCUGGUCUUGCCAAAGCCAUCUCCCCAGCUGUUGAGUUCAGUAAUGCAUCUGGGGCAGCAUUCACUGCUGUAAACAGUAGCUCUCAAGCAGGACCUGCUAUUGUGGCUGAAAUUGUGAUGACUCUUUUUCUGACCACGUCGGUCAGCAUGGGGGCUGUGAAUGGGAGGACGCGCUGCCAGUUCGCUCCCUUCCUCAUCGGCCUUACAGUGACAGCAAACAUCCUGGCUGGGGGUAUGGUCUCUGGAGCAUGUAUGAAUCCAGCUCGAGCUUUUGGACCAGCAGUGGUGGCUGAUUACUGGGGUUACCACUGGGUAUAUUGGAUUGGACCUCUGACUGGUGCUUUGUUUACUGUCAGCAUUGUCAGGUUAUUGAUGGGUGACAAGAAGACCCGCAUUCUAUUUAAAUAAUAGAGCUGCAAUAUACAGUAUGAGGAUUAUUCAUGGACAUACUCUUGCCUAAGCAGCCAAUUCAUGAUGCUAUGUACAAAGUCUCUCAUUAACUUUACAGUACCUACUUUUUUUCUUUCAUUAUUUUACAAAAAAAAAAAAAAAACGAAAAACCAUCUGACUGCCUGUAGCAGACAAACAAUUGUGUAUUAACUGUAUAAAACUGUAUUGUAUUUCUUCCAAUCUGCUGUAACAAUUAAUUUUCUACAUAUUUACUAUUGUGUAUUCUUAUAUAAUUAUGAAAAAAUAUGUAUAAAAUAAAACCUUUUGUUAAAUAAUAAUUUAGAUAAAAUUGUUCCUUGAGCGUGGCUAUGAACAUAAAAAAAGU